AUGCUCAGUGUAUUCCAGACACGCUUCCAGCGUCUAGAGACAGCGCUGAAUUCGCUGGUCGAAUCAGUCGCAGCUUACAACCCCUCCAUCUCAGCAGCCGACGCACUAGUCGCCGCAGACGAAGACUUGGACGAGAGCUUGGAACAGCUCGCCGUACACCAUGCAAACUACUCGCGCAUCCUCGAGCUGCGCGCCACCGCCGACGCUCUAGACGAGAAGAUCAAAUACACCCUACGCACUCUGGCCGACACCCGCAAGGAACUUCUCGACAUACCCUCUUCGCAACCACCUCCAAACACUCGUCAAGUCGGCGUUGAAGAAUUGCUCUCAUAUGCAAAGUUCAUCUCAAAGACUACUGUACCACCUACCUUCCGCGGCCACAUCUCGACUGAACUGCUCUCGCAACCACAACCCGCUAUUCCCGAUGGUCCAACCACCCAAAUCACAAACGGCAUGGCCACACCAGCCCAGAACGGUGAUAGCACAAACACAGCCGACCAAUCAGCCCAACCAGAAAACAGAGCCGUGGCAACCUUGAGCGCAGAAACAAAAGCCAUGCUGGACCCACUCUCUCAACUCCCUUUCGUGCCCUGGCCGUCCCAAGAAGUCAUUCGCAUGGGUGCUCUGGCUGCUAUCCAAGGAAUGCUGGAAGAUGGCACCGAUCCUACUACUGUGCUCAGUGCUGAAGAGCAAGAGGCAGCAGACAAG